CUGGUACUCCAACAGUUACGGACUAGUACUACUUCUCAUUUCUCCUCCAACCACUCUCUCUCUGUCUCUCUCUCUCUCUCUCUCUCUCUCAUAAUUUCAUUCGCCUCGCCACCCAAACAAGAUUCCCCACAAAGGAAAAAUAAAAUAAAACUCCCCAUCCAUAAAUCUUCUUCAACCUUCAAAUCCAUUUUUGAUCAUCUCCCUCUCCGUCCAUACCAUUCCAUGACCACAAUGAAAAGGCAAAAAUCACCAUGCAACAACUUCGACCUCCUCUCCGAGGAACUCAUCCUCUCAAUCCUCGACCGCCUCGACUCGAACCCACUCGACAAGAAAUCAUUCUCCCUCGUCUGCAAAUCCUUCUACUCCGUCGAGUCCCACCACCGCACCACCCUCAAGCCCCUCCGCUCCGACCACCUCAAAAAGACCCUGACCCGGUACCGUUUCGUAACCCACCUCGAUUUCUCUCUCUGCCCCCGCAUCACCAACGCCUCCCUCUCCGCCGCCGCCUCCGUCUGCGGCGGAAUGCUGAGGUCCGUCGAUCUCUCGAGAUCCAAGUUCUUUACCCACGUGGGUCUGUCGGGUCUCGUGACGAAUUGCUCGAACUUGGUCCAGAUUGACCUGUCCAACGCGACGGAGUUGAGGGAUCCGGCCGCGGCCGCGAUUGGGGAGGCCAAAAAUCUGGAGCGGUUGUGGCUGGCGAGGUGCAAGGGGAUUACGGAUAUGGGGAUCGGGUGUAUCGCUGUUGGGUGUAGGAAGUUGAGGUCGAUUAACUUGAAGUGGUGUUUGGGGGUUGGUGAUUUGGGUGUGGGUUUGAUUGCUGUUAAGUGCAACGAGAUCCGUAGCUUGGAUCUCUCUUACUUGCCGAUCACCAAUAAAAGCCUACCAUCAAUCUUGAAACUACAAUACCUUGAAAAUCUGGUUCUGGAGGGAUGCUUUGGUAUUGAUGAUGACAGCCUUGCAGUCCUCAAACAAGGGUGCAAAUCAUUAGAGACCCUUGAUAUGUCAAGUUGUCAAAAUGUUAGUCACGUGGGCCUGUCUUCUCUAACAAGUGGUACUGGAUGUCUACGGCAACUUACAUUAGCAUAUGGCUCUCCUGUCACUCCUGCUCUUGCUGAUACGUUGCAAAGGCUUUCCACAUUGCAAUCAAUCAAACUAGAUUGUUGUCCAGUCACAUGUUCCGGACUGAAGGCUAUUGGAAAUUGGUGCGUAUCACUAAGAGAGAUCAGCUUAAGUAAAUGCUUGGGAGUGACGGACGAAGGUCUUUCUUCCUUGGUUACAAAACACAAAGACUUGAGGAAGUUAGAUAUCACAUGCUGCCGCAAGAUCACUCACGUCUCAAUUGCCCACAUUACAAAUUCAUGCACCUCUCUUACAUCCCUCAAAAUGGAGUCAUGUACUCUGGUACCAAAAGAAGCUUUUGUACUAAUUGGACAGCGUUGCCUUCUUCUCGAAGAGCUUGACCUUACAGAUAAUGAAAUCGACGAUGAAGGUUUGAAGUCCAUCUCAAGUUGUUCAAAACUCUCCAGCUUAAAACUCGGAAUCUGCCUUAACAUAACGGAUAAAGGGCUGGCCCAUAUUGGCAUGUGCUGCUCAAAACUUAUGGAGCUUGAUUUGUACAGGUCAGCAGGAAUAACGGAUUCUGGCAUUCUGGCAGUUGCUGGUGGUUGUCCUGGCCUUGAGAUGAUUAAUACAUCAUAUUGUCAAGAUAUCACUGACAGCUCUUUGAUGUCCUUGUCAAAAUGUUCUAAACUGAACACACUUGAAAGUCGUGGGUGUUCCCUUAUUACGUCAUUAGGUAUAACGGCGAUUGCUGCUGGAUGUAAGCAACUCAUCAAGCUCGACAUAAAGAAAUGCUGCAAUGUCGAUGACACCGGAAUGAUCCCACUUGCUCACUUCUCUCAAAACCUCAGACAAAUAAAUUUGUCUUAUAGCUCAGUGACAGAAGUGGGGCUUCUGUCGCUUGCCAGUAUCAGCUGCUUGCAGAGUAUGAAUAUAUUGCACUUGAAAAGGUUGACUCCGAGUGGAUUGGCAGCUGCUCUAUUGGCAUGCGGUGCGCUUACAAAAGUGAAGCUCCAGGCCUCCUUUAAGUCAUUGUUACCGAAACCCCUUUUUGAACAUCUAGAAGCCCGCGGGUGUGUUUUUCAGUGGAGAGAGAAGGUGCUUCAGGCUGAAUUGGACCCGAAGUGCUGGAAAUUACAGUUUGUAGAUGUUCAGUAAGCUGUUUUUGAAGCUUCAGUCUGGUUGGGAAGUUUCAGCUCCCUCUCUUCACUCUACGAUCACUCUGGAUAAUGCAGAGGCCAAUCGUGUGUAUUAUGGAUGCGGGUUUUGUUGACUGAAGAGAUUUAAAAAUCAUGAAGAAUUAAUGUUCAAUGAACUGCGCAUGCUCUCUAAGGAAGGGCUGUGUGUAGUGUAGUUUUAUCAUGGCCAGCAAUCAAGGUCAAUUAGAUAGUAAGGGUAGAGAGUAUUUGAUAUAAGAAUCACUUAGGUAUUCUUCUGCCUAUUAAGUUUUGUAACUGGGAUCACAUUCGGGAUAUUUUAUUACAAGGUUUGGGAUUUUUGAUCUA